AUGCCUUCCUUCUUCGCCGCCGGAGACGGGGGAAACACCACCAUGACCGCUACCACCCCCGCCAUCGAGACCGCCAACCCCAGCAAGGGCCGCUUCAGCCUCUUCAAGAAGAAGAGCAAGACCGCCGAGCCCGCCCCGCUGCAGCUCCCCCCCUCGCUGCCCCCUCUGCAGCAAGUGGCUCCCCUGACACCUCCGCCGGCCGAGGAAGCACCGGUACCGGCCCCGACCCCGAAGCCGAAAAAUGUCACCAAGAAAUCAUCCACCGACAUCGACGACGAGCUUAGAAGGCACUUGCAGCGUGAAGGGUAUGCGUUUCUGGCCUUUUCCGAUCCGGCCAAGGCCGCCGCGCACUCCAACGAGUCGCCGGCCGAGCCCGCCGCCGGCGGAGUGAAGGACGUGGUGGACCCGGCCGAGAGCAGUCGGAGCCAUGGAACCCUGUUGAAGGAUGCGGUGGAUCUGAUGGAGAAGAAGAAGAGUCUGGAAACAACACGCCCGACGCUCAGGAGCUUGACUCCCCCCGCGAACACCGUUGUUCCUCAGUCGGCACCGCCGCAGGUGGCGAAGGCUCCGGUCGUUUUGGCUGCACCGCAGCCGAAUGUGUUGAAGGCUCCUGCUGCUGCUGCUGCUCGGGUGGAGAAUGUCUUUCCGAAACGGGUGGAAAGUGUUGCGGGUGCUGCAGGUGCUGCAUUCACUCAGGUUCCUGCGGCUCCCGGUCCAAGUAUAUCCGGCGUUGGUGGUGGACUGCGAACGACUGCGUCGAGGAUGGCGGAGAAGAGGCCAUCGUCAUCACGACCACCGAUGCCGCAGCAACAGCAACCUUCGGAAGGGAGCAUCAUGGACAGGAAGAUUGUCAGGAAGUCCUCGGAUCAGAGCAACAAGGAUAGCGGAAAGGACGUGGAUAGCCAUAGGAGUGCGGGUCCCAGUCAGAGGCCGUCUCCGGUAUACCCAGUGGAGCCUCCGAUUGGUGCUACAGCCCAAAGGAGUGCGGGUCCGAGCCGAAGAUCAUCGCCGGUAUACCCGGAGGAGCCAUCGGUCAGUGCUACAGCACGAAAGAUGGUGACCGAGUCGCCGGCAAUGGCACGAUUCGCCCAGGAGGCGUCGAUGCAGGAUGUGGACCCACGGAUACACAAGAACCGGAGGUCCGGCAGCCAUGCCGAUCAGCGACAGUCGAGACACGGCCCGACACCGGAGCAGAUGCGAUAUUCGACUUCGGGUCCGAGCCGCGAGUACAACCAGGAUCAGCAGUAUGCGCCACGGCCUUCGCGCAACAGCAGGCAGGGAUAUCAGCUGUCGAUGAACCCCGAGACCCGGACCCAGACCCCCGCCAUGAGCGACGAGGAGAGACGGCAAUCGGACACCAGCGCCGACGAGAGCCCGCGGCGGAACCUUCCGAUCCCCGUGAUGCUGUCGCCGGGUGACUACACGAGCACCCUGAACCGGCUCCAGCUGAACUGUGAGAUUGCGCACCGCCAAACCGUCAUAUCGUCGAACCUGCAUCAUCGCAUCAUCUGCAUGGUCUGUCGGACCGACGCGUCCAGCGAACGAUGGUCCUGCUCGUACUGCGCGCUGCGAUUCUGUUCGAGGUGCAAAUCGGAAUUCUCGGCCGGAACAGCCUUCGACGAAGUCCUGAAGAAGGCAGCGAGUGAGGAUUGGCGGUCACAGCCGGCUCCCCCAAUCACGCCGGCUCGUGGCCCGGGAAAGAACAUCGCCUGGGAGCUGGCGUGCGUGCUGGAAGCCGGAGGCCGAUUGGCCGGAUACGGAUACGGAAUGCGGCAACCCCCAGACGGCCGACGACCACCGCCUCCGAUGCGAAGGCGUUCGCCGGUUCACAACAGCGGCGGAGAGCGCUCGCCAGUCCAUCGCAGCGGCAAGUCUUCGCCGGAACAGCGGGUCCGGUCGAGCAGCAACCAGCCGCCGAGCCCGACCUACUCCGUGGACCGCGUCAAGACGUCGUCGAGAAGCAGCAGCAGCCACCGCUACGCCGAAGGCGCUGUCUCCCCCGACUCGUCGUUCGAGGAUGCGGCGGCGGGUUACAAUAGGGACAGGAAGAGACGCUCGGCGAGUAGGGCCGUCAAGGAUGGGAGGAACUCGGGCCGCUGCUCGCCCGGUCUUACUAAUGGCACCGCGGCGGAGCAGAGGAGGGCGUUGUUGGGGGUGGGACUAUAUUGA